AAGUUUUCUUCUUUCCAUGAGUGGAGAGGUAGGGCAGAUGUUGCUUUUCCUCUUUUUGUUCUAAUCUAGAGAGGCAUGAAUCCACAACUAAGACUCUGGCUCCCAAUUAUUCUAUGGCUUUGGCUUGGUCAAGUGCUGCAAGUUUUUCCUCUUCAGAUGUGGCAGCAGGCUCUAGGUCCAAAUGCUGAUCUCUCCGAUGCAAACCUGAUGUUUGAGAUUUUACUGAGUGGGGUUGAGUUAAACAAGGAUAACAAUGUUUUCCUGUUGGACGAAGAGCUGGCAUCGAUGAGGAAAGGACGGGAAUUCUUGUCUCAGAUCAAUGACGGCAUUCCAAGGACUCUGAUCUCGACAGAGCUCAUGAUAAAGACACAGGAGGCUCGUCGGAAGACUCCUCUGACUCAGGAUCAGUUUGAGAACCAGGUUCUGAGCAUGGUGUAUUCUGCUCUGCAGGUUGGGGUCCAGAGGAACAAGGAGGAGCGAGAGGCUUGGGGUGGAGCGCUUAUCCAGCUGGCAAACAUCACCACCUAUGACCUACGGGGAGGUUUUCUCUACAAUUAUGCUUAAAGAAAUCAUAAAGACGGAAGCUUGGAUAUUAAAAUUAUACAAGAAACAUUUUUUUAAAGAAAUAUUCAGCAAUAUACGAAUGAAGAUAUUUAUUAUUUUACAGUAGAAAAAGUGCAGGAAAAAUGUACACAGCCCUGCAAAUACGAAUGGUUCAUAUAAAAUACGAACCAUUUUAUAUGGUUUGUAUUGUUUGUCAACAUGCAAACAAUCCCUGAUGUUAGAAACACAAAACACUAACAGAGAAAUGUACAAAAAUAAACUUAAAUUUCUCAGCUCUCUACA